CCCACCUCAUCGGCGGGGGACGGAAGUCUCUCCGGCCGACUCUUGACCCCUCUUGGGCUCCGCGGACCGAGCGCCGAGCCUCGCCCCACGGGGGCUGGCGGCACCAUGAAGCGCGUGGGGACUCUGCGCCUGCUUUCGGACCUGAGCGACUUCAGCGGCGCCGCCCGGCUCCGCGAGUUGCUGGCUGGGGACCCCGCGGUCCGAGUGCGCUGCAGCCCGGACGGCCGCCACCUGCUGCUGCUGCGACCCCCGGGGGCGCCGGCGCCGCAGCUGCUGGUGGCCGUGCGUGGAGCCGGCGCGGAGCUGGAGCGGGCCUGGCCCGCGGGCCAGCCCUCUCCGCUGGACGCCUUCUUCCUGCCGUGGCCCGCUGGACCGGCGCUAGUCCUGGUGUGGGAGAGCGGCCUCGCCGAGGUGUGGGGCGCGGGAGUGGGGCCGGGCUGGCGCCUGCUGCAGAGCACCGAGCUGUGUGCGGCCGGCGGGGCCCGCGUGGUGGCCGUGGCGGUGGCCCGUGGCCGCCUGGUGUGGUGCGAGCAGCGUCUGCUCGGCGCUGAGGACCGGCGCAGGCCGCCCACAGCCGCUUUCAGCCACUGCGUGUGCGUCCGGACCCUGGAACCCAGCGGCGAGGCCGGCACCAGUCUGGGCCGCACACAUGUCCUGCUGCACCACUGCCCCUCCUUUGGGCUGUUGGCCUCCCGCAAGGACCUCUUCCUGGUGCCCACUGCUUCCACCUGGCCUGGCGUGGCCCACGUUCUGCUCAUCUGGAGCCCAGGCAAGGGCAAGGUGAAAGUGGCUUCCCCGCAUCUAGGCCUCUCACACAGUAAGAGCCUGAAUCCCGGACGAGGGGACACAUGGGACUUCCGGAGCCUACUCCGCGGCCUGCCUGGGUUGCUGUCCCCUAGGGAACCCCUGACUGUGCACACGUGGGCUCCUGCCCCCCAGGGCCUGCUGUUGCUGGACCUCAAGGGCACUGUGAGCCUGGUGCAGUCCCAUGGUGGAACCCGGGCCGUGGGCACCCUGCAGGAGGCCCCUGGAGGCCUCAGAGGGUCUGCAGCCCUGGGAACCUUUCCUGGAACCCUGGCCUGUGUGCUGGGCUCUGCCUUGGAGCUGCUGGAUCUGAGCAGUGGGCAGCUCCUGGAGAGGAAGGUCCUAAGUACAGACAAGGUGCACCUGCUGGAACCCCCGGUCCCUGGCAUGGAGGAAGAGGAAGAGCUGGAGACGCGAGGGGGUCUUCGUUUGCUCUCCGCCUUGGGUCUGUUUUGUGUGGGCUGGAAAGCCCCCCCGGGCCUCGAGGUGCCUUCGGCCAAAGACCUGGUGUUCGAGGAGGCCUGUGGGUAUUACCAGCGGCGGAGUCUGCGAGGGGCCCUGCUCACACCAGAGGAACUGAGACACAACAGCAUGUUCCGGGCACCUCAGGCCCUGGCCUCCAUCCUCCAGGGCCACCUGCCCCCGUCUACACUGCUGACCAUGCUGAGGACGGAGCUUCGGGACUACCGGGGUUUAGAGCAGCUCAAGGCCCAGCUGGUGGCUGGCGAUGAGGAGGAGGCUGGCUGGGCUGAGCUGGCAGAGCAAGAGGUGACGCGCCUGCUGAGAACCGACUUGGUCGGAGACCAGCUGGCACAGCUCAACACUGUUUUCCAAGCCCUCCCUACAGCCGCCUGGGGUGCUACCCUCAGGGCCUUGCAGCUCCAGCUCGAUGGCAGUGGCAGGCUGAGGUCCCAAGCUCCUCCUGAUGUGUGGAAGAAGGUUCUAGGGGGUACAACAGCUGGAAAGGAACCCCCCAAUGGCAUACUGCCCCCCUUUGAACUCCUAUGCCAGUGCCUGUGCCGACUGGAGCCUCGAUGGCUGCCGCUGUUUGUGGAGCUGGCACAGCAGCAGGGGGGCCCUGGCUGGGGGGCCGGAUGCCCAGGGCUGCCCCUGUAUCGCCGAGCCCUGGCAGUGCUAGGCGAGGAGGGCAGCAGGCCUGAGGCACUGGAGCUGGAACUGCUGUUGGGCAGUGGGCGGCCCAAAGCUGUGCUCCAAGCCGUGGGGCAGCUGGUGCAGAAGGAGCAGUGGGAGCGGGCCCUGGAGGCCGGCCUGGCCCUCGGCCCCUCCAGCCCCCUGCUCCGAAGUGAGAUCUUCAAACUGCUGCUGGCCGAGUUUGCCAGGCACCGCCGGCUCGAUGCUCACCUCCCCCUCCUCUGCCGCCUGUGCCCACCAGAACUGACUCCAUCCGAGCUCCUCCUGCUAAUCCGGGCACACCUCCCAGAUGACGUGGGACCCCCCAGCCCAUUCCCUGAGCCCGGGGCAGAGCCCCCACUCACUGUGGGUUUGCUCCGAGUCCUGCUGGAGCAGACAGGGGCACAAGGACAGCCCUCGGGCCCAGUUCUAAGCCUCUAUGAGGACAUCCUAUGGGACCCAGGCACUCCGCCUCCCACCCCACCUCGAGGACCCAUGACUGCCCUUCAGGCAUCGGAGCCCUCAGGCCUGGACACCUGGUUACCAUCCGGACAGAACCUCUGUGUGGCUGACACAGGGAAUCGUUUCUAGGACAUGCUGAUCAGGGAGGGGUAUCAGAGUUGGAGGAGGCCAGGGUGGGACCAGUGUGUGCAAUACUCUUCUCUGUUAUGGAGCAAUUUGUUAUAUGUGUGUAUGUCAAAUACACACACCAUUUUUGUAUUUUGGAACGGCUUGAGGGUCUGAGAGGGUUGUGAGUUAUAGAGGGAGGGCCUGAAUAUGGAUCUGCUGGCUGAAGGGGCCAUUUCCGGUCAUUUAUGAGCAGUUAAUAUGUGCUUGGUGCAGCAAAUGAGGCCACCUGCAUCCCACACCCAAGUCCUUGGGUUCACGUCCCAGCUCCACUCCUGAUUCUAUUCCUGCUCAUGUACAUCCGGGGAGGUAGCAGCUGUUGGCUCAAGUGCCUGAGUCCCUGCUGCCACCCAGGUGAAAAUCCUGGAUUGAGUUCCUGCCCUGGCUUUAACCUGGCCCAGCCCUGACUACAGCAAGUUUUUGGGGAAUGAACCAACAGAUGGGUGAUCUUGAUAGUCUCUCUCUCUCUCUCUCUCUGCUUUCAAAU